AUAAUAAAAAAGUCAUAAAAAAUUAAGAACUGAAAAAAUCUUAACAAAUUCUUACUUAGCAAAGAAAACAGUGGCAGAACUUGUGACGAAGACAACGGAAAUAAACUCGGCAGCACAAAAUAUAUGCCAGUGCGCUCUCGCUCUCAACAUUUCAAGCGCAUAGCAGAGCAAAAAGUAGAAAAAGUCACAAAAAAUUGUACUUAAAUACGUAAACUCAUACGAAAUUCGACCAACGCGUACGGCGCGAAAUACUUCCAAAUUCUUGCAUCAUUUUCUGACGCUGCGCGAAAGACGUCAUCGUACUAUUGCCUAUUUUCUCCAAGCUGCUGGAGCGCGCAACUACGCUACGUAUAUAUAAAAAAAAACAUCUAAAGACAAAAAAGGCAAAAAGCCGCAAAGAAAACGCGAAUAAAAGUGAGCUAGGCAGAGCGCCACAUCGUUAAAGUGUGAAAAAGCGUGUGCAAACACGCGAAAAUACUUUUCUGUAUCACUGAAAUUCUGUUCGCCAAGGCCUAGCAUCAAACAGUGCGCGCCACAUACACUACAUACAGACAUUACAAAGAAAAAAUCAUCAAUACAUACACAAUAUAUGUAAAAAUACAUUUACAUAUAUAUUUUAUUGCUUGCCGAACACUUUGCUGUGCUUGCGAACUUUGCCGAACACUAAUUCGAGUGGCACACCGCGCACUCGCUGCCAUCUUCCGUUUGCCGGCACGGCCUUGUUCAUCCGCUUCAAGUUGACAAAAUUUCCCGGCAUCCGCUGUCUGUUGGCAGCGCCAAACAAGCUUUUCCUUUGCAGCCGUCUUCGUUUGUGCGAUUCGUGUGUGCGCAUCAACACACAUACGCAUAUAUAUAGUGGGAAUUGGUCAUCGUUUGCGCCUUCGGCAACCUUCAAAGCAUCCGAAUCGACAACGGCAACAUCAUCGGCAUCAUAGACGUCUGCAGGCGCCAAAUUCUCGAUUCACAUCGAGCUAUAAUCGGACUUGUGGCCACCAUAGGCGAACAGUCUGCUGAAAUCCGUUGUUGUCGUCGUUCGCUCGUAGUUGAAAUUUGCGGCGAAAUAAUUUGUAAAAUUCGUUAUCCGUCCAUGCCAUGCGCGAUAAAAUCACACAACUAUUUUGCUUGCAAAAGAACGCAUGCAAAAAUAAUACAACAGAUAAUCGAGGACAUAAUGUGCCAAUUAAAGUCACGAGCAACGGGACAACGGGUGCCAAUGGGUCUUUUGGGGCAGAAGGGCCCGAAACAGAGACCGACUCAUCAGGGACCGGGGGGAUGCGGAAGUCGUUGGAGAGGAAGGGCUCAGCGCCGAACGACGCUGUUCACCUCCAGAGACGGGUGGGACUCUUCAGUGGGGUGGCUUUAAUUGUCGGGACCAUGAUAGGGUCUGGAAUAUUUGUGUCACCUUCAGGUCUACUAGUUCGUACUGGUUCCGUUGGUGUUAGCUUUAUUAUAUGGCUGGCCUGUGGUUUGCUCUCCUUGUUGGGCGCUCUGGCAUAUGCUGAAUUGGGUACGAUGAACACAUCGUCUGGCGCUGAGUGGGCAUAUUUUAUGGACGCAUUUGGUCCGGCUCCCGCAUUUUUAUUCUCAUGGGUAUCGACAUUGGUCCUGAAGCCAUCGCAAAUGGCUAUAAUUUGUCUCUCCUUUGCGCAGUAUGCAGUUGAGGCAUUCGUCACCGAAUGCGAUCCACCAACAUCGGUGGUAAAAAUGGUUGCACUGCUGGCAAUUGUUAUGAUACUGUUCGUGAAUUGUUAUAGUGUGAAUCUGGGCAUGGCUGUGCAGAAUAUAUUCACCGCUGCCAAAUUGGUUGCCGUCCUCAUAGUGAUCUGCGGCGGCGCCUGGAAACUAUUCCAAGGCAAUACACAACACCUGUCGAAUGCAUUUAGUGGCGACACACCCACCUUGGGCGCUGUGGCGACCGCUUUUUACACCGGCCUCUGGGCGUACGAUGGCUGGAAUAAUUUGAACUACGUCACCGAGGAAAUCAAGAAUCCAAGCAAGAAUUUGCCACGCUCCAUCAUGAUCGGUAUACCGUUGGUGACGCUGUGCUACGCGCUCAUCAAUAUAUCUUACUUGGCGGCGAUGUCACCCACCGAAAUGAUUGACUCAGAAGCCGUCGCCGUGACCUUCGGCAAUCGCAUACUGGGCGCUAUGGCUUGGUUAAUGCCGCUCAGCGUGACGGUGAGCACUUUUGGUAGCGCUAACGGUACACUCUUCGCGGCCGGACGUUUGUGUUUUGCCGCCAGCCGUGAGGGUCACUUAAUGGAUAUACUGUCGUACGUGCAUGUGCGUCGUCUAACACCGGCACCUGGCUUGAUUUUCCACUCACUUAUCGCUACCGCCAUGGUCUUGUACGGCACAAUCGGUUCACUGAUUGACUUCUUCAGCUUCACCGCUUGGAUUUUCUAUGGCGGUGCUAUGUUGGCGCUGAUUGUAAUGCGUUUCACCAAACCCAACUAUCCAAGGCCAUACAAAGUGCCUAUCAUCAUUCCUGUUGUGGUGCUGGUGAUCUCAAUAUAUCUUGUGGUGGCGCCGAUUAUCGAUACACCACGGAUCGAAUACUUAUAUGCGUUGCUCUUCAUCUUGGGCGGCUUGAUAUUCUAUGUGCCGUUCGUUAAGCUAGGCAUGACACCAAGAUUUAUGAACAAAGUGACGCUCUUCUUCCAGCUGCUGUUGGAAGUGGUGCCCACUUCAUCGAUGUUCGAAUAAGCAAUGGAAAACACAUUUCAUUAAUACCGGCUGAGACAAAAAAAAAACUUAAAAAAUGUGUUACAAAAGUAACAUCAAAAAAAAAUUAACAUUUAAAUCAUUCAAUGAAAAGUAAAGGAGAGACUAUCUAUUCAGGAUCUGAGAGAAUAAUGUACGUACGAAAUAAGUUAACUGUUUAAACUAAAUAAUAUAGCAGAGCAGUAGACACAAAUAUUCAACUAUGAAGCGUGUUGUAGUAAAGUAACAGAUUUACAAAAAAUUUUAAAAAUUAAAAGAAAAAAUU